CUGAAACUCUUGUUAAUUCUGCGUGCAGAAAGUUUAUAUUCUAAGGUAAAACCUGAUUUUUACAUUUGGACGUCAUUUUUUAUUUAGUGAUAAAUAUUUUAAUACUAAAAUUAGGAAGAUGGAGAGCAACAGGCCAUGGUGGGCUAGAUGUGACGUUAGGUAUACCGCUCUGAUCGUGCCUCUCUCGUUUAUCCUGAUAGUUUUGGGUAUCGUGGCGAACAAGCAUGCUGGUGACCCACAUUACAAGUAUCCUGUCGGAUUGCUCGUCAGUAUCAUCAUUACAACUGCAUUCGUCAUUGUGUUGUUAACUUUCUGCGUUAUAAAGUGCUUGUAUAGCCACUUCGUAUGGUCGAAUCACGACAGACACAAUGCAACUGGUUCCUCCAUUGAGUUACAGCCGAUUAAUUUGGCCCCUAGUGCCUCUUGCUCAAAUGCGGUACGUCAACGCGGGUCGCAACAGGAAUUAGCCGACGGGAAUGCUUGUAAUAAUGUGGCACAGAGACCUCCGAGUUACGAAGAUCUCGAAAGUAUGGCACGAUCAACUAAUGACACAUCGUUCCUGUCAUGCCAAGCCGCUGCCUUGGAACGUGAGGCACAGGCGCAACCUCAGCAGCAGGUGGUUAAUCGUACGGGAGGCAAUACAGUAAGUCCAUCAACGGCUGCGAAUGAAACGGAAGUCGAAACUUUAUCUGGAAAUGUGUCGGGACUCUGUUCCGCCCGUGACGAGGCGAGUGGAGACGAACGCCUUGCACCCUCUUCCACCCGUGACGAGGCGAGUGGAGACGAACGCCUUGCACCCUCUUCGACCCGUGACGAGGCGAUUGGAGACGAACGCCUUGCACCCUCUUCGACCCGUGACGGGGCGAGUGGAGACGAACGCCUUGCACCCUCUUCGAACCGUGACGGGGCGAGUGGAGACGAACGCCUUGCAUCCUCUUCGAACCGUGACGGGGCGAGUGGAGACGAACGCCUUGCAUCCUAUUCCACCCAGCGUUCAGAGGAGACGAAAUUUUAUUAGCAGGCUAAAACAGCAAUCAAAUGAACUUAAUUCUCACUGAAUUUGCCCACUUAAGUAAAUCCACGUUUUCGACGUCGCACUGCAGAAAUAGAGCUGGUCCAAGGAACGCUUGGAACUUCUUUUAUAAUUGACGUUUUGUGAAGUUCUUCUAUCAGUAAUUUUUACAAGAGUAUCAAUAGCCCCCUUUUAUUUUCAAUGCCUGUUUUAGGCAGGUCAGUGUAAGUAUCCUUUCAAAUUUUUAGGCUUCUCUGUCGAUUCUAGGCUGCUAGCAUAGGUGACAAGUUGGAUCGGUUAAUUAUUUGGCUGUCAAAUUUGUCAAGGUAACGUGUAUUUUUCUGAAUAUUUUUAAUUCACCUUCAAAUUAAAAAAAAUACUAACCGUUUAAGUUCGUUUGCACAUAUUUCGCCCUCUUCUUUUUUGUUCAAACCAUAAUGAAAGUGAACUGUGUAUAUUUAAGAGAAUUGCUGAGUGAUUAAUAUGGAACUGUUUUAUUUGAAGUUAUGCGUGUAUGUUAUAGGCCAAUUUUAAAUAUUAUAAG